AAAUAACAGAAAAGGUGACGUGUCACAUCAGUCCACGUAACCAUUAACCAAUAAAGUCCGGGACAAGUUUUGUCGUUUCCACCAUUCUCUUUCCUUUCUUUUCAUCGUCCCCACCAUUUUCUCUCCCCAACCAAAACAAAACAAAACAAAAAUAUCACACACUACACUAUCUUCAUCUUCAUCUUCAUCUUCAAUCCUCAUCCUUUUUCCCUUUCCUUUCUCCGCUACUUCACCAAUUACUCCGCACCUUUUCCGCGCCUCUAUCCUUUCCAACCGUCUCAUCUCUUCCUCAUCCAAUCUAAAUCUUAAUCCCUUCCACUAUCAUCUCCAUCGUCACCGUCCAAUUUUCUUUCAUACUUCACUCUUCAAUCAUAACCGUCCAAUUUUCUUACAUCACACACUAACGCAACUAACUCUCUCAAAUUCAUCUACUUUUUAAAUUUUCCGGCAGAUCCAUGACGGAAGAAGAUCGGAGCGUGAAACAAAACCGCGUCGUGGAUGUAGUCUUAGACUGUGUAAUACCAUACAUCGACGAUCCAAAAGACCGUGACGCGGUUUCUCAAGUGUGUCGGCGAUGGUACGAACUCGACUCAUCAACUCGGAAACACGUGACGAUUGCUCUGUGUUACACCACGACGCCGUGGCGUCUCCGGCGUAGGUUUCCGCAUCUUGAAUCGCUGAAACUGAAGGGGAAACCUAGAGCUGCGAUGUUCAAUUUGAUUCCUGAAGAUUGGGGUGGUCAUGUUACGCCUUGGAUUAAAGAAAUUUCUCAGUAUUUUGAUUGUUUAAAGAAUCUUCACUUUCGUCGUAUGAUUGUUCAAGAUUCCGAUCUUAAGAUUCUUGCUCAUACACGUGGUCAUGUGCUUCAGUCUCUUAAGCUUGAUAAGUGUUCUGGCUUUUCUACUCAUGGUCUUGGCUUUAUUGCUCGCUUUUGCAGGAACUUAAAAGUUUUUCUUCUGGAGGAAAGUACAAUUGUGGAAAACGAUGGCGAAUGGCUACAUGAGCUUGCUUUGAAUAAUACGGUUCUUGAGUCUCUAAAUUUUUACUUGACUGAUAUUGUUCAUGUCAAAGUUCAGGACCUCGAGCUCUUAGCCAAAAAUUGCCCAAACUUGGUGUCUGUGAAAAUUACUGAUUGUGAAAUCUUGGAUCUUGUGAACUUUUUCCGCAAUGCAACUGCUCUGGAAGAAUUUUCUGGAGGCACCUACAAUGAGGAAUCUGAAAGAUACACUGCUGUAUCUUUACCAGCAAAGUUAUGUCGAUUGGGUCUAACGUAUAUUGGGAAGAAUGAGUUGCCAAUAGCGUUCACGUAUGCAGCUGCACUGAAAAAAUUGGAUCUCCUCUAUGCUUUGCUAGAUACAGAGGAUCAUUGUAUGUUGAUCCAAAAGUGCCCAAAUUUAGAAGUCCUUGAGACAAGGAAUGUAAUUGGAGAUAGAGGAUUGACGGUUCUUGGUAACUGUUGUAAGAAGUUAAAAAGACUUAGGAUUGAACGAGGUGAUGAUGAUCAAGGAAUGGAGGAUGUAGAUGGUUCUGUUUCCCACAGAGGACUAAUUGCUUUAUCACAGGGCUGUACAGAACUUGAAUAUAUGGCUGUUUACGUGUCCGAUAUUACAAAUGCAUCUCUGGAACAUAUUGGCACUCACUUGAAGAAUCUUUGUGAUUUUCGUCUUGUAUUGCUUGAUCAUGAAGAGAAAAUAUCUGAUCUGCCGCUUGAUAACGGGGUGAGGGCUUUGCUGACAGGGUGUGACAAGCUUAAAAGGUUUGCACUAUAUCUGCGGCGUGGUGGUUUGACUGAUGUUGGUCUUGGUUACAUUGGGCAAUACAGUCAAAAUGUGAGGUGGAUGCUAUUAGGUUACGUGGGGCAAACUGAUGCAGGUCUUUUGGAAUUCGCAAAGGGCUGUCCUAAUCUUCAGAAACUUGAAAUGAGAGGGUGUUCCUUUUUCAGUGAGCAUGCACUCGCUGUUGCUGCAACACAAUUGUCUUCUCUUAGGUACUUGUGGGUUCAAGGGUAUGGUGCAUCUCCAUCUGGACGUGAUCUUUUGGCGAUGGCUCGCCCCUUUUGGAAUAUUGAGUUGAUUCCUUCUAGAUGCGUUGCUAUCAAUAAUAAUAUCAAUGAGCCUAUGGUUGUUGUUGAUCAUCCAGCUCAUAUUCUUGCAUACUACUCUCUUGCUGGCCAAAGAUCCGAUUUUCCAGAUACUGUUGUACCUUUGAAUCCUGGAGAAUAUUUGCAGUUUCAUGUCUAGAGUUGUGUAUAAACCCAGUUUUGUUUUUCUUCUACCCUUCCAAAUCUUGUUUGUAAGUUCCUCCUGUAUUUGUAGUUCAGGGUUCUCAUUUUUCGCUGCAACUCCCUAGCCAAUAAUAGUCUUGUAAUAAGCUUGCGUUUUCAUUUGUAAUCCAGAAAUGCAUCCACCACUUAUUACAAUCUGUUCCCUUUAAGCUGAAGAUUCUCAAUUUUGUAAAUAUAUAAUAACAACUGUUUUUUCUUUUCA